CACAUCAUUGAAGUUAAUCUCGAUUUGUGCAGCGCGUCAAACACGUUCGAAUAUUAUUUAAUACGCAGAACAAAUAAGUCUCGCUGAACUGGAGAGGAAUAAAAAAAUAUAUACAAAACAUACACAAAAUGCUUUUAUUCAUCUUCUUCGCCUGCAUUGCUGCAUGUCACGCCGGCCUUUUGGUCCUAUCGCCAAGUGAUUUUCAGAAAGCCGGCGACAUUAACAUCUCCUCUAUAGUGCAUAAUGCACCAUCUGCCGUUUCGCAUACAUCUUUUACACGAGUGCACAACACACACCACAUCAGUAACCCCCGCCAGCAUACACAAUCUGCCUCCGCCGCCCAGCCUAUUGGCACCACCACCACCAGCACUACAACACAAGCGGCUAGCAUCGCGGUGCAAUCGCCAGUCUAUGGUACGGCACAGCCAUUGCAUACCAUACCAGCGGCUGUUGUGAAGCCUGCAUCACCGGCUGCGGUGCAAGUACUGGGAAAUAUUGCCACCGCAGCGACAGCCACACUCAAAGGUGAUACGCCAAUCAUCCAGUCACUGACGCAUACGCCAGCACAUUUGACUUUCGCCGCCCGGCCAGUGGUCUACCAGACGUUACCUGAAAUUAAGCCAGUGCGUAAAAUUAGUUUUGAUGAAUUCGUGCCAAGUCCAAGGAAAGUGGAAUACAAGUAUAUCCAAUAAUAUAAAUCUAUCUGU